CUGCGGAAGACAUUUUUGUAGUUUUUAAAAUAACUAUCGUCGAGUACGAGGAAGAAAUCGAUCGUCAGCGCAGACUGCGGGAUAUAGAUUUGAAACCUCAAAUCAACUUUCACAGAACAGAUGUUCCACAGCAACAUGUGUGUAAGGAGGAGGAGGAGGUUUUGGUCGACCAGCAGCUCUGUAAUCAGGAGAGGAACUCCAGUCCAGACCAAGAGGAGCCAGAGCCUCCACAGAUUGAAGAGGAGCAGGAGGAACACUGCAGCAGUCAGGAGGGAGAGCAGCUCGUACUGAAGGAGACUGACACAUCCAUGUUGACUCUUACUCAUGAGGAGAGAGACCACAGUGAAGCACAACUGCUAAAUGAACAUCAGCCCAUUUCUAACAGCUCUCAUGAUGCUGAAGAUCAAGAUCCCACAGGAAGUGAGCACAUCAACAAGGGACUAACUUCUGCUGAAGACAAAUUUGUAGUUUCAAAAAAUACUAACGUCGCGUAUGAGGGAGGGAUCGAUUGGAAGAGCAGACUGCUGGAUAUCGUUUGGAAACCUCACAUCUACCUAAACAGAAUAGAUGUUCCACAGCAACAUGUGUGUAAGGAGGAGGAGGAGGUUCUGGUCAACCAGCAGCUCUGUAAUCAGGAGAGGAACUCCAGUCCAGACCAAGAGGAGCCAGAGCCUCCACAGAUUGAAGAGGAGCAGGAGGAACACUGCAGCAGUCAGGAGGGAGAGCAGCUCGUACUGAAGGAGACUGACACAUCCAUGUUGACUCUUACUCAUGAGGAGAGAGACCACAGUGAAGCACAACUACUAAAUGAACAUCAGCCCAUUUCUAACAGCUCUCAUGAUGCUGAAGAGCAAGAUCCAAAAGGAAGCGAGCUCGGAGACUCAGAAUCAACUAGAAAUUCAGAACCAAAGAAAAAGCUUCCCAAAAGAAGAAUUCAGAACACUAAAACAUCAGACACUCACUGUAAUCUGAAUGUAAUGAAAAGUCUUUUAAAUGUGACACGUGCGGCAAAUCUUUUAAGAUAAAGUCAGAAUUCGCAUGUCCACAGAGGUAGGAAGACCCAUACUUGCAAUACUUGUGGGAAAAUAUGCGGUUCAAAAUCAAUACUGAUAAUUCAUAAAUAAACUCACACAGGUGAGAGGCCUUAGUCCUGCAGCAUCUGCGAUAAAAGAUUCAUCUGCCAGAGCACAUUGAAUCGUCACAACACGAUUCAUAAAGGUGAAAAGCUGUUUACCUGCACAACAUGCAGCAAAUCAUUCAGAUCAAAGGGUAUUUUGACAAUCCACAUUAGAACACACACAGGUGAGAAGCCGUUUACCUGCACAACAUGCAACAAAACUUUCAGAACAAAAAGUCAUUUAACAGCCCACACUAGAAUACACACAGGUGAGAAGCCGUUUACCUGCACGACAUGCAACAAAACUUUCAGAACAAAAAGUCAUUUAACAGCCCACACUAGAAUACACACAGGUGAGAAGCCGUUUACCUGCAAAACAUUUGGGAAAAAUUUCACUCAGAAAUUGUCCUUAAGUUCACACAUUCACAUUCACACAGGUGAGAGGCUGUUUACCUGCACAACAUGCAACAAAACUUUUGUAACAAAAGAUCAUUUAAUAGCCCACAUAUAGGAAAAGAUUUACGAUGCUAGCAACUUUGAAUCGUCACAUUCGCUCUCAUACAGGUGAAAAGGAGUACACCUGUGGUACCUGUGGGUCAUCAUUCAGCAGGAGAGGUUAUUUGAAUAAUCACAUUGAACAAAUUCAUUCAAGUAAAAAGCCGUUUACCUGCACAACAUGUAGCAAAUUUUUUAGAUUUAAAAAAAAGUUUGAUAGUCCACAUGCAUGGACACAGGUGGGAGGCCGUUUACCUGCACAACAUGCAGCAAAUCUUUCACAUUAAACAGAACUUUCACAACCCACAUGAAAAUACAGACAGGUGAGAGGCCUUUCUCCUGUAGCAUCUGCAAUAACAGUUUCAUUUGCAAAUCAGUAUUGAAUUGGCACUACUCGAUUCAUGACGGGGAACAGCUGUUUACCUGCACAACAUGCAACAAGUCUUUCAGAUUUAAAAGUAAUUUAACAGGACACAUGAGAACACACACAGGGGAGAAGCCUUACUCCUGAAGCACCUGUGGGAAAGGAUUUGCGCUGCAGUCAACUUUGACUCGUCACAUUCACUCUCAUACAGGUGAAAAGCCAUCCACUUGUGGUACAUGAAAAGUCGUUUAAAUAAGCACAUAGAAAUUCAUGAAGGUUAAAAUGGUUUACCUGCACAACGUGCAGCGGGUCAAAGUUUGUGGUGACCUGACGGUUCACAUGAGAAGGUCUCGCACAGGUGAGAUGCCGUACCUUUGUAAGUUCUGGAAAGAUUCUUUGAUUCUUUUUUUUGAUCAGAUGAAACCACAUGCAGAUAAGAAGUUAUGAGUAUGCAGAUGUGAUUUGGUUCAAGUGAUGGCUCUGAAUCAACACUGAGGAUUUCUGUUCAUCAGACCUGCAGAUGCCCAUGACUGACAAUCAAUAAAUUGCAUAUUGUAACUUUUGAUGUAAGUUGCCUAAUCACAGUUUAGCUUAUUUUAAGAAAAGUUACCGAGUUAACCCUUGUUUUUAAAGUACCGUUUCUUUUGAUUUAUAAGAUUUAUUUUUGGGGCGUUUAGCUUUUAUUUGAAAGGACAGUGUGUUGAGUAGGAAACCCAGUCAUCACAGAGUGGUGAUUGACAUUCGUGAAAGGAGCCACAGGUCUGACCCUCACCCAGGACACCCACUUGGAGUAUUAUAUCACCCAUACAUUUGGCACCCUGCAUUGUAUUGUUUUUAAUUGUAAAGAAAUAUAAAUCAAUAAAAUCAUUACACAAUCAA